AUGAGAACUAGUUGUGUUUUGGUGCUGGCAGCACUGUGUGUGGGAGUGGGUUGCCAUGACAACGCACCGCAGGUGACUGUGAAGCAGGGUUCGCUCAGGGGACACUACCUCACCUCUAGAAAAGGUCGACGAUUCGUCGGCUUUCAGGGGGUGCCAUAUGCGAAACCUCCUUUGGGAGAGAUGCGGUUCAGGAAUCCGGAGCCCCCGGAAUCGUGGGUCGGAGUGCGAGAAGCGACGGAGUACUCCCCCGUAUGCAUCCAGAGAAGCAUCUUUGCCAAGCAGAUAGACAUAACGGGAUCAGAAGACUGCCUGUACCUCAACGUCUUCACACCGCAAGUACUUUCCAGCCUCAGGAUGGACGUGAUGGUGUGGUUUCAUGGGGGUGGCUUCGUGUCGGGGGCGGGGUCAUUCUACGGUCCGGAGUACCUGUUGGAUGAGGACAUCGUACUAGUGACUGUCAACUACAGGCUUGGACCCAUCGGUUUUCUGAGCACUGGAGAUGUUGCAGCACCAGGUAAUUUUGGGCUGAAGGACCAGGUGGCAGCUCUGCAUUGGGUGCAUAAUAACAUAGAGUUGUUUGGGGGAAAUCCAAGCAGUGUGACCCUAUUUGGGGAGAGUGCUGGAGGAAGCAGUGUUCAUUAUCACAUGCUGUCACCCCUGAGCAGAGGCCUGUUUCACCGUGGUAUCUCUCAGAGUGGUACAGCACUUUGCUCUUGGGCUUUUGCAGCCAAUGGAUCUUCAUCACACCAGGCUAGGAAAUUGGCCAAGCUUCUGGAUUGCCCCACCAGCCCAAAUGCAGGCCUGGUGGAGUGUCUUAGAACUAAGGAUGCUAGAGAUGUCAUAGCAACAGACAAACAAUUCAUGGAAUGGGAUGUGGAUCCACUGAUUCCAUUCAAACCUGUAGUAGAACCUACAGGACUGCAGGAUGCAUUCUUGCCUGCUGAGCCUCUACAGCUUCUGCAGAAAGGCCCUCUCUCCAUCCCCUGGUUGACAGGGAUCAACUCAGCAGAUGGAGCACUGAAAGCAGCACCAAUCUAUGAGAAAGCAGAAUUGGUGGCUGAGCUGAAUUCUCAGUUUGAGCGUGUGGCUCCAAUUACUAUGUUUUAUGGAGAGGUAAGCUCUCCAGAUGUGGCUGCUGAGAUCAGCCAGCGUAUCAAAUCUUUCUACUUCAAGGAGCAGCCCAUUGGAAAUGAGACCAUGCAUAGAGUAGUGGAUAUGUACACAGACAGUUUCUUUUCGUGGGCAGCAAAUGAGGCAGUGCAUAUCCAUCUGUCCAGGAACUUUGUUGAGGGUGAUGGUGCUUCAGUAUACUAUUACUACUUUACAUAUCGAGGACCUCACAGCUACAGCGAGCUCUUUGGUGACCCCACCAGAGAUUUCGGUGUCUGUCAUGCUGAUGAGCUCAUCUAUUUGUUUCCAUCUGCAAGAGUUUUUGGCAACUUUAGUGCAACACCUGAGGAAGAGCAGAUGACUGACUGUCUCAUUCACAUGUGGACCAACUUUGCCCACACUGGGAAUCCAACACCCUUGGAUACAAAGAAGGAUGUGAUGUCCACAACAUGGCAGCCAGUGACCUCUAUAGACAAUCUUGAGUAUCUGCACAUAGAAUCACCAAGUAACAUCUACAUGAACAGCGGUCUACUCAAGGAUCGUGUUAGGUUCUGGUCUUCACUGCCUCUUGGUUUUACAAACACUGCACGUACACUCCUGCGGGAUGAACUAUAACAGGUGACAAUGUCAGUCUUCUGGGUUAAAACACCAUGCAGACUUGCCAGAAGAUACCAGCAUUUCAGAGUAACGUACAUAUUUAGCCUACAAAUCUACACAGAAUUACAAACUAGAAGACAAACAUUAAUAUCUUCAAAUCUCAUACAAGGGUGAGUUCAGAAAUUAAUUAUUAUAUGCUGGAUUUCAAAUUUUGUCUGUUAUCAUACAUACUGAAUAUAACACAGCAUUUUAGAAACUGGAUCUGUUUCUGUCCUUUGAUGAAAAAGUGUGAGGAGUUUCUACUCAGAUGGGUCUAUUAGAAAUGGCUAAUGUCAAAUUAAGGUUAAACUUAUGUAUAAUUUCAUGUUAUUUGUAUGAUAAAGAAUUGCUAGACUCAAGUAGAAACUGACAAAUUACUUGUUUCUUCUUUGUGUUAUCACUUUCAAUGUACAUAGCAAUGUCAGUUAUUAUUCCAGUUGCAAAUAUACUAUUUCUAAAUAAUUUAUUUAUUUAUUUUAUAUAUGCAGUAUAUUUAAUAUAACCCUUGCAGGUUAAUUUCCAGUUAUCUUUUCAUACAAUCCAUGGAUCCAUAUGUUAGACAGAUGACAACCUUUGUAGGCUGAUUAAAAAAAUAGUUUGCUAUCCACAGGUGCAUCCCAUCUUUUUGUCUCCACUAUCACCAAAUGGACAAUACUUAUAAAGAAAACAAAGUGAUCAAUGUUUAUACAAGUACGGUUUUAUUUAUUAUAAACUACAUAUUUUAUGGAUCCGUGUGCAUACAUAAUCAUACAUACGUGUGUUAAUUGUUGCCAAUGUGUCUCAUUAGUUUUGAAAUAUGUGAAAUGAUUGGUAGAUUUUAGUUAAUUUCUUCAGAUGUGCUGUCAAGUAUUCAUUGACUUGCUAUGUUGCAGGUUCUUCACCCUUCCAAAUAAAGACUGUUCUUGUUAUGCCCUGUAUUACUGGCACCAUUAAGCGAUGAACAGAAAUCACCAUUAAUUUAUGUGUUUAAUCUAGUGUCUUUGUAGAAAGAUUGAAGCCUAGGAUUAUGUGUAUUAAUUAAAUUCUGCUCUUUACACUGCUCACAUGUUGUGAUCUACCAUGAUUGUAUAUGUAUUUUUGUUUUUGACCUUCUGUACAAUGCUGGUUCUUAAUUUAAUUAUUGCUGCUGCUUCAUUUAUCAGGGUCAUUUAGUACUGAAUAAUGGAUUAUGGUAUAGUGAAUCCAGUAAUAGGAAUAGGCAGAAUUGUCUGUAUUUUAUAAUUAUCAAGAUAUUUGUUUCUGUUACUCUGAUAAGAGUCAUCUGUUUAUUAUAUUAAAUGCUCUUUAUGCAAUUUA